GAAGGAAAGGAAACAAUCUAAAAAGUGUUAUGGAUGAAACAGGAGCAUCUUCAAUUAAAGUCAGUGGUAACACAGGUGACAGAAUGGGCCACUCAUCUAUGCUCAACCCUGGUGAUCGUAUAGUCAGCAUUAAGUGUUUGAUUCAUGAUGAAUCUGAUGGGGAAAAGGCAGUGGAUGAAGAUGAAGCCUUUGAAAACUGUAUGAAAGCUGAAUGCAUGAUAAGUGGGAAAGUCCAUGAAUGUCUCAAGAAAGACAUGGAUGAUUUAGUGCGCUCUAAACAAAUGCAGCAACCCUUCUACCAGCAACAAAUGCAUUGGAACCAAGGGCAAGGGUAUGGGGGAGGAAUGCCCCCUGCCCACAUGAUGCCUGAUAAUGCUGGUGGCAUGAUGAAUGUGUCACAGUAUCCGUACCAACAGGCCCCACAACAGUUUCACCAACAUGUUAGUCAACCAAUUCGAGCACGGCUGGCAAUACCACAAAAGUAUGCUGGUGCAGUUAUUGGUACCAAAGGGUCAUUCUGCAAUUACAUGAAGACUUUGAGUGGAGCCUCAAGAGUGCAUGUUUCGCCAGAUGACAAAUCUGGCGAGAGAUAUGUAGAAGUCAUAGGCCACCCCAUGGCUCAGUACUUUGCACAGCACUGUGUUUAUUGCAAGCUAGCUGAACAGGGAUAUAGCAACUCUGACGGUGAACUGAAACUCAGAGCUGAGGUCACAGUACCUAUUAAAGGGGCUGUACGAGGAAACAAGGAGCAACAAACAAACAUUAUAGGGAAAAUAAUUGGCAAAGGUGGACAAAAUGUAAAGAACCUUGAAAAAGAAACUCGAACAUAUAUUAAAAUAGUAACAGAUGAGCAAGAUCCUGACCCUAAAGAAGCAGUUGUACAGAUUGUAGGAAGUUUUGCAAGUAGCCAGCACGCACAAUAUAGAAUAAAUGAAAUAGUCAACCAGUGUCAACAGGGAGGACCGAUGAACAACUAUCAAGGUGCUGGGCCAAAGAGACCACCACCUCCUCCUGCUCCUGCUGCUCCUCCUGCUCCUCAAAUGAAUUAGGCACUAUUUCCACACGGCUCCCCCCUGGACUUGUCCCUGAACCUCAAUGAUCGGCUUGACUUACCCGGCUAUGACCAUCCUGUAAUCAUUAACCUUUAAAGCGUAUAUCAUAUUAUAUAUUACUGUAAUUUGGAAAGCUGUGUACUCCUUCGGUUGGCAUUUUUCAAGUUUCUAUGCAUUUCUAUACUAUAAGUGCUGUGUUGAUAUCUUCUCAAAUUUUUGAGUGCACGCUUGUGGCAUGGGUUUUCUUUUUUUUUUUUUCAAUUCUCAGGCUAGUUGGUAUAGCACCUAUUUUUAAUCUAAUUAUCUCAUCCUGGACCAUGAGAAAUAGCUGAUUAGGUUUUUUUUAUGAAUUUAUAUUUAAUAUAUGUAUGGUGGGAAUGCAGAUUGAAUUUUAGAUGCUAACUAUUUUAUUACUGGCCUGGAGAAUCGUGAAUUCUUGGAAAAGCCUUGUUGUGUCGAUCUUCAAAAAAUCUGACAAUCCAGAGUCCACUGGGCAAAGUAUAGAGGCUUUAUUUGCCCGCCUUGCAGUGUUUCUCGCAGUAAGUAGAUGUUUGGUGCGCACUGUUUAUAAAUGCUGUAUAUUGCCUGCUCUGCAAUGUUGUUGCUAAAAGGAAUGGGUGCAUCAAGAGCGUUGGUGUUCUGUCGAGGUCUUGAUUCACACUAUUUAUAGAUGCUGUAUAUUGCCUUGCUUGCAAUGUUGUUGGCCUUCUUUGGGUGGAUAGCCUCAUGUCUUGUGCAAUUAUGUCUGUUCUUCAAUACCGCUCUAUCAUUCUAUCCAGACUUCCUCUCCGCUUUGUACAAAUCUGGAACUGCUUAGGUAGUUAUUUUUAAAAAGAGAUGCAUUCGUAAUUUGCCAUACUUCCAUCUAUGGUAUACGUUUUAUCAAAUUCGGGGGGAAUCUUUAGAAGUGAAGAAAUCAGGGCAUCCAUAUUUUUGACAGAUACGGAUAUAUUUUUGUACUAGGGCUACUGUAUUUAUACUCACUGUGAAACGCCCCUUUUCUUUUAAAAAAUCGCCAGCAUAAUUUGUGAAACAGGAAUAAUGACCUGAAGGUUUAACCAUGGCUUUACUAAAUUGUAAUAGUUAAUUUAAAUCGGGUAGCAUGUAUCAAAGCCCCUACUUAUUGGACGUAUUAGGCACCUUCCGUCCCUUAUUUGCAUAUUUACGGAAGAGCUGUGUACUAGUGACUCCGUGGCCUGGGUGGUCUAAGGCGGAUAGUGAAUCGAAAAUGGGGCAGUGUUUCACCAAGUUGAAUCUACGGGAUGCGGUUCUUAGAAUACUUUGAAUCUGCUUUUACACACCAACUUCGAUGAAUCUUGGAACGGUAUUAAUAAGUAAAGUAAAAAUCAGUCAUUGUUAGCCCCAUUGUCACUACUACACAGUUCUGUCUGAUUAUUAUUGGAUAUCAGUGUGUCAUUUUGCUGUUUAGUUUGCUGAGAGUGCCUUUGCAAGCUGAAGCCAUAAAAAUGACCAUAUGCGAAGGAUUUCAAAUGAACUUUAGAGAAGCAAUUGUAUUAAGAAUCACUCGAAAAUUCAUUUGGUAACUUUCAUUUAAUCUUAUAAAUCUGUUUAACGGAUAUUAAGUUGUAUCUUCUUGUAUGAUUAUCUCUUUGGGCUUCCAGUUUUCUAUACGGUAUUGUAUUCUGCACUCGUUAGUCACUGGAGAGUAAAUGCGUGAUACACAAAUUAUACUAAUCUACAACCCUACUUUUGGUGGGUUACUUUUGCCCAAAGAAACCUUUCUCAUUAAAAGAAUGAAUUUCU